AUGCCUGUUGAUUUAAAAUUUCGAUCACCACUUCAUCAAAGAUUAUUCUAUCAUACGAUCGAGAUCGAACAUCAUGUUCCAGACACGGGACAGAUUAUCGAACGACAAGAAACGGAAAAUGUCGAAAAGAUUGUUGCCAUCAACAAGACUAAGAUUCGCAUCAUCAAUUUGAAAGUAACAAUAGAACUGAAAAAUACGACUAAAUUGAAUCGACUAUUGAAACGACCUUAUUUUGAUCGUCUAGAAGAACAAGAAUUAUCUGGUGAUUUACGAUCUCAAGAUCAUCCAUUUGGCUUUACAUGGAUGUUGUUUCCAUCACCAGAAAGUUUGAUGAUACCGGAUAUUAUUUUUUACGAAGGACAAAAAUGGUCUGUUAAAAUGAUCGGUGGCCUGUUUGAAAUCCAAUGUGAACUGAUCAAGAUCGACCACGAACAGCACAUAGCGUACAUCGAUGGUCGGAAUGGUAUCUGUUUGAAUAGAGCUGCCGGAAAUAAGAAAUGA